AACGGCUUCGGCUCAUUUUGACCCAAAUAUUGGGAGACGAAAUAUUAGUGAGAGAGAUAAAGCAAUCAUAUCCUAACAAACAAACAAUCCGACCUCAGCGUCCACCGCGAAGAAAUGCACUAGCAGUAUUGAACCGGACCGUUGCGUAACGAUCACGUCCGCCAGUUCGCCAACGAACUCGAUGAAGUUAUAAAAAUUUUCCGAAGUGAUACGUGAAAACAACAAGCGCGAACGACAGGAGAAGAAAAAAAAAACAACACGAAGAAGCAUUCUGGAUUCUACAGGUUAAAGCCAGAAUAUAAACGGAUUAAAAAUUCAUUUGAGCGCAGCAACUCCUCAGCUCAGUUCGUGUGCAACUUUCCUGCAGUGUUUACUGAUAAGGGCGACGAAGGUCGAAGCAAUUGUUGCUGUCAACAUCGCAUCGAGGCAAGAAGUUCAUUUCGUGCAAUGGUGUUCUCCAAGGUUCUCAUCUUCAUCUUAGCCCUGUGCUUCUCCACCGGAAGCGCCAUAAAGUGUUUCCAGUGUUCAUCUCGUGACGAAGGCUGUGAUAACUUAUUAAGUAACGACACACAGAGCGUGUAUUUGAAGGAAUGCGAAGGAAAGGACUUCUUCUGCAGGAAAACCGUCCAGACAAUUGUUGAUAGCAACAUGUUCACCAUAAUAAACAGGGAAUGCGGAUGGUCCUUAAACAGGAAACUGAGGACAAAUUCGUGCUAUCAAAACGAUGAUGAAUUCAAGCACGAGAAGAGCUGCCAAUGCUUCGAGGAAGGAUGCAAUCAUUCCUCAAUUCCAAAUCCAUCAACAACAUUAUUCACAUCACUUCUCAUACUAUAUUUAUACCUAAAUCACUAAUUCUAUUUGUCCAUAAUAUUAUUAAUGUAAUUUUCAAUAUUAUUUGCAAUAUUAUCAUGAUUACAUCUGACGCAAAGGAUAAAGGAAGGAAUCAAUAGAGCUCGUAAUUUAUUUGUUUGUUUCUUUGUUAGAGAGAGAGAGAGAGAGAGAAAGAUUUUAAUCUGAAAACACACAAUUUAUGGUUAUAUUUUUUUGCUGUCUCCUCGAUGUCCUAUUUUGUUGUUCCUUCCUUUAAUAUUAUUGCUGUUCCGAACAACGUACAAGGAUUUCGUAUGCGUGGGCGGCGAUUCUGUGCACAUAGCAAAUGAGAACAGUCUAUAAAGUUGUUUUAUGUCUUUCCUCCUGGUUAUUGAGAAACUCGUUGCAUGUUGGAACAGCAACAAAGUUCGGAAAGGCAUAUAUUUUAGUAUUACUUAUUGUAUAAAGUUUCAAAUAAAACAAAUACAAUUAAAUAGUUU